GAGCAGUUUGGAGAGUUUCCUCAUGUCUUUGGUUCUACAGCCGGACUUGCCCGCUGAUGAGGCGUUCAAGAGCCGCUUCCCGGUCCACCGCGCCUGCAGGGAUGGAGAUGUAGCCGCGUUGGUGUCACUGUUGGAGCAGCUUUCAAACCAGGCUCAUCUGACGGCGGAGGACUCCUGUUACGGAUGGACCCCCAUCCACUGGGCGGCUCAUUACGGACAGCUGGAGUGUGUGGUCCACCUGGUCCAGAGGGGCUGUGAGGUGAACACGGUGAGCAGCCGCUUCAACCAGACGCCAACUCACACGGCAGCGUUCGGCGGACAUCCUCACUGCGUGGUGUGGCUCAGCCAGGCCGGAGCCGACGUCAACAGCCAGGACUUUACAGGUGAGGCUCCCAUCCAUAAGGCGGCCCGGUCCGGUAGUCUGGAGUGCAUCCAGGUUCUGUUGAUAGCCGGCGCUGAACCACAUGUGAGAAACGCCAGCGGGCAGACGGCUGCAGACCUGGCCCACGCUCAGGGCUUCCACGACUGUUUCCUCUUCAUCUCCAACGCCCAGAACCAGCUCCGGCAGCUGGCUGGGCUCCACGGCGCCCCCUGUGGCCAAAGCCAGCUGAGCAGGAAGAGGCCGCAGAGCGCUGUGGACAACACUCCGACAAAAAAGACAAAGAAAACCAGCGGUGAAGACGCAGAGGGCAUGAGCAUCGAAUCUGGACUGGACUCAGUCGACGACGCCGUCUUUACCAACGGCCACGCUCCCACGCCUCCCAUGGAUCAGAACCGCCCGUCGUCUCCGCCCUCAGCCAACCAGGAGGCCGACAUGUGCGGUUCCCUCCACCGCGGCGGUAGUCCCAGCAGCUGCCUGUCCCAGAGGCCGGCCCGCUGGGGGCCCCGGGGCCCCGAGUGGGGGGACUUCCUGCAUUACGGACACUUCCACGGCUUCGGAGACACGGCCGAGGAGCUGACGGUCCGAGUCCAGACCGAGAACAGACACAUGAAGGCGGCAGUCGACGCCUGAGGGUCCAAGGCCACGCCCACAGCCACAGCUUGACACUCUGGGUAUUAAUUAUCUAUCUGUAAUUUUUGCAUUUCACGAUUCAUCCAAUGGGUGGGAUUGGACCCUUUGGAUGGAAAGUUUGUUUUUUUUAUGCGUCUGAGCUUUAAAACCUGCUGAAAAACAAUGUGUAGGUCAGAAAAUAAAUAGAUAAGAAGUGAAAAAUAGUCAAGUACAAAUACACUAUAUGGACAAAAGUAUGUGGACAUGUUGAAUUCAGGUGUUUCUUUUCUAAUGGGUCUGGGAUACAAAACAAUAAUGACUAAUGUCAGAACAUAGUUUUAUAUUAUGGGAU